AUGAAUGUCAGUAGUGAAGAUACUAUCAAUCCUUUCCUGAAACAGACUCUUCUCUAUGACUAUAAUGGUACGUGCGUGGGCACUUCCUUGGGGCAUGCUUGCAACAAAAGCAGUGCCCGUCACCUUCAGCUGCCAGUCUUCACCAGUGCAGCGAAAGUUAGAGUCGGGAUCACUAUUCUUGUUUUCACUAUUUCUGCAGUCUGUAACCUUGCUGUGCUGUGGACGACCACUCAGAAUCGCAAGAGGAAAUCCCACAUAAGAAUUUUGAUCUUGAAUCUAGCUGCUGCGGACCUCCUGGUAACGUUCAUCGUGAUGCCUCUGGAUGCCAGCUGGAACAUCACAGUUCAGUGGCAGGCUGGGGACAUUGCCUGUCGGCUACUGAUGUUCCUAAAGCUCGUAGCUAUGUACUCCUGCGCUUUUGUCACUGUGGUGAUUAGUAUAGACCGACAAUCUGCCAUUCUAAAUCCUCUGGGCAUCAGUGAAGCCAAAACGAAGAAUAAGAUCAUGUUGACAGUAGCUUGGAUUUUGAGUGUCAUCUUGUCCAUUCCACAGAUUGUCUUGUUUCACACUGUAAGUAUUACUGAGCCUCAGAACUUCACACAGUGUUCCACAAUGGGGAGUUUCAAAGAACACUGGCAGGAGACCUCGUACAACAUGUUCACUUUUGUUUUCCUGUUUCUCGUGCCACUGGUGAUCAUGAUAUUCUGCUACACCCGAAUCCUGGUGGAGAUAUCAAAGAGGAUGAACAAGGGAAAUUUGUCCUCAAAAGAUGUGCAUUUAAGGCGAUCGACAAAUAACAUACCAAAGGCACGCAUGAAAACGUUAAAAAUGAGUAUAAUUAUUGUAACCUCUUUCAUAGUGUGCUGGACUCCAUAUUACCUCCUAGGACUUUGGUAUUGGUUCUCGCCAGAAAUGCUAUCAGAAGGAAAGGUCUCCCAAGCAUUGAGCCACAUACUCUUCAUUUUUGGCCUCUUCAACACUGUUUUGGAUCCCAUCACCUAUGGUCUCUUUACCAUCCAUUUCAGGAGAGGCUUGCAACAUUGCUGCCAUUCUGCUAAGAUGGUAUCCAAUUCAGAUCUCAAUUCUACAUUGACCAGAUCGUUCAGGUGUUCUGCAUCAUCUCUUCGCCUCAAAAGGUUAACUGCACUUGCUCAAGAAGAUCACAGAUCAAUGGCAGAAGAUGAACGUCAUAGUUAA